GAAAUAAAGGUCCCCCCUCUGCCUCUCUCUGUAAAGGAAGCUUUCAAGUCCAAAGUCCCUCCUCGGCUCCUCCCUCGCUCCAAUACAUUCAUCUCCUUCUCUCUGCAAAGCCUCUCCCUUCCCACACCUUCAGCGGUUCGAGGAUCCCAUCAAUCUCUCAGCUAACCCUCUCUCUUCUCGUUUUCUCUAUCUCCAUAUCCCUACAUAUAUCUCUGUGUCUCCAUUUUUGCCAAUUGCAAUGCUUUAGAAACAGAGCAGCCUUCUGGUGGUUCUUGUUAUGGACUAUGAACUUUCAGAUAGUAGUGGUACUGAUGAUGAUCUACCUCCACAUCAAAAUACAAUUGCGAAGGGAGAACGGUUUUUAGGAAACGGAAGAUCUGCUGUUGGUUGUGCCGCAUAUUCUAGAAUGUACACUGACAUGGAGGCUCAAAUUCAUCACCUUGAGCAAGAAGCUUACAGUGCUGUAUUGCGUGCUUUUAAGGCUCAGUCUGAUGCCAUUUCUUGGGAGAAGGAGGGUUUAAUAACAGAACUUAGGAAGGAGCUCAGAGUAUCAGAUGAUCAACACAGAGAGCUUCUGACCAAAGUUAAUGGGGAUGAGAUCAUCAGAAGGAUCAGGGAGUGGAGACAGACAGGUGGCCACCAAGCUGCAAGGAGCAGUGCAUCACAACCAGUUCAUAAUGUUGUACCCAGUCCUAGUGUUUCAGGCUCCCGUAAAAAACAGAAGACAUCCCAAUCGCAGGGAUCAAUGCCUGGUCUACCCUCUAUGAAGUAUACGCAUUACCCUUCUAGUGUUCCUGCUGGAAAUCAUUAUGUUAACCGUAGUUCUUCUGGAGCCCUUGCUGCAAAUGAACAUACUGAAGCAGCAACUUCUGAUCCAUUAAUUGGAAGGAAAGUGUGGACAAGAUGGCCAGAGGACAACAGCUUUUAUGAGGCCGUCAUAACUGAUUACAACCCCGCUGAGGGCCGACAUGCUCUAGUCUACGAUAUAAAUACAGCUAAUGAGACAUGGGAAUGGGUAAAUCUCAAAGAGAUACCUCCAGAGGAUAUCCAAUGGGAAGGUGUGGACCCAGGAAUUUCUCUUCGUGGUGCCCAUAGUGGGCCGGGCCAUGGAAUCAAGAAAUCCAUGAGCCAUGUUGGUUAUCCUAGCGGUGGAAGAGGGAGAGGAGGAUCCAUAAAGGGAGAAUCCAGGAGAGAAUUUCUGCCAACACAGAAUGGUUUUACAAAGAAAGUUUCUGAUGACAUUGAAUUAUUCAACACAGAGACGUUGGUUCAGGAGGUGGAGAAGGUUUUUGCUUUGAAUCAUCCUGAUCCCCAUGAACUUGAGAAGGCAAAAAGGAUGCUGAAAGAGCAUGAACAGGCACUUGUCGAGGCAAUUGCAAGGCUUGCAGAUGCAUCUGAUGGUGAAAGUGGUGAACACCAAUUCUUGCAUGGCCAGGCAAUGGAUGGGGAUAGAGGUUGAGAAAAAGAAUUUGGCAGAAAAUUUCAAUGACGAUCAAAGGAAGGGUGCAUGGUUCUUGAACUGUUAAUUUAGUGAUAAAAUUUCAUCAACCAGGCAAGAUUGUGUGACAUUGUUUUCCGUACCUGGUUGGAUUUGUACCUUUGAUCUAUUCAAUAGAAAAUUUCCAUGCUUGUAACACAAACAUGGCCCAACUUUUUGUGCACACCCUUUAGAAAAAUAGCCACUUUGUUUUUACCUUGAAGGGAGAAGCGGUGACUUUGUAGACAGUGAUAUUUUCAGAUUUAGUUGAGCAAAUUGUUUCAUUCAUAGGUUUGGACCAUAUUGUAAAAUUAUGCAUUGGCAUCUAAUGAAAUGAAAUUUAAAGAUUUGAUUCUUGA